AUACACUCUCACACACAUAUACACAUGUCACAUGUGUGUGGAUAGAUAUUCUAGUGUAACAUUUCACACUGGGAGCAGAUUGUUUGAGUUCUAUAACAACUACUAUAUCUGGGCAGGACACACAAGGCCUUAUCUAUGUUGAUUUCCAGAUGUGCAGCAAUUUAUAUUGUCACUAAGGCAAACUUUUCCAAAGGCGGUUUCAUAUGCAGAGCAAAUAAUCCAACCGAGGAGCCUACUGAGAAGAAGUCCAGACGUGACAGUCUUUUUAUCGAUAAAAAGGGAAAAUUAACACACUUCAACCAUAAAAAGGUGUCCAGAAAAAAAGGUGGUUCUUUAAGAGGACAAGGAUGGAAAUAUGGAUCUGGUUUUGUUGAUGGUAUAUUUCCAGUGCUGAGCCCUAUUGGUCAGCAGAUGCUCAACUUCUUGAAGAGAGAAAGGAACGUAGAUAGGAUUUGGGGUGCACUUGACACGCUUCCUCCCACGAAUGCCACUUGGGAUGAAAUCAUCAGUGUAGCUGUUCAACUUCGUAUGAGCAAAAAGUGGGAUUCUAUCAUACUGAUGUGUGAGUGGAUAUUGUACAAGAGUUCUUUCCAGCCUGAUAUCAUCUGCUACAAUUUGCUUAUAGAUGCUUAUGGGCAAAAGUCACAAUAUAAGAAGGCAGAAUCGAUAUAUCUAGGACUUCUUGAAGCUAGAUGUAUCCCUACUGAAGAUACUUAUGCCCUCCUUAUAAGGGCUUACUGCACAUCUGGACUACAAGAUAGAGCUGAAGCGGUCUGUAUUGAGAUGAGGAAAAAUGGCCUUCCUCCAAGUACAAUUGUGUACAAUGCUUAUAUAAAUGGACUAAUUAGAGGAAGAAACACGUCAAAAGCAGUAGAGAUAUUUCAAAGGAUGAAGACUGAGCAGUGCCAACCAUCUACCGACACAUAUACAAUGUUGAUCAACAUGUAUGGAAAGGCAAAUAAGUCCUACAUGUCCUUGAAGGUUUUUCAUGAAAUGAAAAGCCAAAAGUGUACACCUGACAUCUGCACAUAUACCGCUUUAGUGAAUGCAUUUGCUAGAGAUGGACUUUGUGAAAAAGCAGAGGAAAUUUUUGAGCAGCUGCAGGAAGCUGGGUAUGAACCUGAUGUUUAUGCUUAUAAUGCCCUCAUGGAAGCUUACAGUCGUGCUGGUUAUCCUUAUGGCGCGGCAGAAGUGUUCUCUCUCAUGCAGCACAUGGGGUGUGAACCAGACCGAGCUUCAUAUAAUAUUAUGAUGGAUGCAUAUGGAAGAGCUGGUCUCCAUGAAGAUGCAAAAUCAGUUUUUGAAGAAAUGAAGCGGCUAGGAAUGACACCAACAAUGAAGUCCCACAUGCUUCUUUUAUCAGCCUACUCCAAAGUUGGUAAUGUACCCAAAUGCGAAGAACUUGUAAAUCAGAUGCAUAAAUCUGGUGUGGAGCCUGAUACUUUUGUCCUCAAUAGUAUGCUCAACCUGUAUGGCCGAGUAGGCCAGUUCAAAAAGAUGGAAGAAGUCUUAAGCGCCAUGGAAAACGGCCCAUAUCUCACAGAUAUCAGUACCUACAACAUUUUGAUCAACAUAUAUGGCAGGGCAGGAUUUUUUGAGAAAAUGGAGGAGACAUUCCAUUCGCUUCCUGCCAAAAACUUAAAACCAGAUGUAAAGACGUGGACUUCUCGCCUUGGAGCCUACUCUAGGAAGAAACAGUACAUGAAAUGCGUAGAAAUAUUUGAAGAAAUGAUUACGGAGGGUUGUUAUCCAGAUGGAGGAACAGCUAAGGUACUUCUUUCAGCUUGUUCAAGCGAGGAACAAAUAGCGCAAGUCACUGCUAUAAUCAGAACAAUGCACAAGGAUAUGAAGAUCGCCUCGCCAAUUUAAGCCACAGCAGUGAUACAGCCUGAAGAAUUCUAACUAGAAAUGUUGAAGAAAAGGAAGAUAUAUACCAGUUGCUCGAAUUUUUCAUCUGACAUUGUCUAUAGACUAAAGAAAGGUUAGUGUUCUUCGCAACUUCCUAGCAUGGUUGUGUUGAAUAUCAGGGGAAAAUGCAAUUUGAGUUUGUAACAUAU